AUGCAGAUGGAUCACAUAUACCUGUACAUUUGCCCUUACAUUCAGCAAUCCAUGACUAACUUUGACAGCAGCAACUCAGAAAUCGACGAGGGGUAUCCGCUCAUGGCCUCCGUAGAAGCGCAGAUGCGGGGUGUUACCAUGAGCGCACCAAACAGUCGCUUUUUGAACCUUCCAGGUGGUGCGUACGUCCUCUCAACUACCCAGAGCGUAGCUAACUCAGUGCCUACAGAACUACGCAAUAAGAUAUACAGCUUCUGCAUCGAUACAGACCCCGUCCCACUACGUCUCCGUCACGACGAUCCGAUCAAACCGGUAGGAGGAUGGCGUUGCUUUACACAGACGUGUCGGCAGAUCCGGAAAGAGUUCCACAUCAUCUACAUGACUGAGACUGUGUUUCGCCUAGAAUCCACUUACCACUACGCCCGAUACAUCCGCGAUUUCUAUCCGCCCAGCGACGAGGCCACAAUGCUGCGCUACCGCGGCCACGUCAUCAGUGUAGUUGGACAUAGCCGCGAUGAGGAUACGGAUGUGGACGAGUUCUACGAUGCCGACAUCGCCCGCGUCGUCUCGCUUGUCGCGCGCUCACCAAAAGUUUGCUUUACCUUUGAACUUGAGAAGGAUCUGAAGAAAUAUUUCGCAGCAAUAAAGGGCAUCGAACAGGUGAACAGCAUGAUCGCGUUAUUCGCUGAUCAAUCCCACUCAAAAUGGCGCGAAAUGGCCAGGUCGAUCAAAGAGAUGAGACUCAGGGUUCGCAUUAAUCACUGUUUACUCCGAAUUACCAUGGACCAAGACAUGGCUAAGAUAUGGAAGGCUGCGGUUCAUGAAGUGUGGAACGAAGCAGCUCAGCCCACGCGUGGCAUACGUGAAUUGCGGCUCGCAUGGCCUGACCCGAACCCACAGGAGCGUUCAUAUGGGUAUCGGCACCAGUUUUCAUUCAGCGACGAUGAAGAUAAGACUAAAAGUUGUAUUUGGCGAUGGUGA